CAGCUUACCCUUCCUCCGUCAUGUCCACCCCUAAGGAGCGACACUAUUGGACGCAGCUUAGGGCAGCUCUCACAGCUGGACAAUGGACAUCACCGCAGCCAGCGAAGGCACCCAAUGGAUCCCCGCUUCCAUGGUCAGAGUUAUUUCGCAAGUUCAAUAAACACUGCAAAGGAUAUUCGGACGUUGCAGAAGUCGCGUCUCAAACUCAUGUGCUGUCUCUACUUCUAUCAGCGAAUUCUAAGGAUGAAGAUCAAGAUCAACCAGUAAAGUCAGAGGAAUAUCCGUUGGAUCUUGGCGACGAGUGUAUACUGCCCAGUGAACGAAUUCAGGAAGCCACGAAUGGGUAUGAAAUUCUCAAGAAGCUCGAGUCUUCUAAUUUCGAUACACUGAAUUUCGCGCUGGCGUAUUACGCUUACGCUCUUGGAAAACCAUCGGAAUGUCAUCAGCAUCUGAACAAGGUUCCAGACGUCUCGCAUGUCCAAAAUCAUAUUCCUCUACCCUCGACAAUGAGAGCAAGUACGCUACUAAAAGUACCUGGGGAGUCGGUCACUACAGACACUGCGUCAUCGACUUCUGGUGUUAGUAGUUUUGCGACCGAUGUAUCGAGCACUAUGGCAGAAAUCAAGGAUGGGCGAGGAUGGGCAAUAGUAGAAACGAUCAGAACGCUCUGUUUGCAGGGCAUGGCCCACGAAAAGCUUCACCCGAAUACCCCUCGAAGGGCACUCGAUACGUAUGCGGCUGCUUUCCCCAUCCUCACAAUCAUCGAAUCAGAACUUGUGUCUGGCGUCGCUCCUGCAUCAUCUGGAAAAAUCGACUUUUCCUCGUUCACGCGGUUCCGUGAAGUGUGGAGAUGGGUAGAACGAUUACUUUGGCGAGCGAUUGUCCUUGCAUCCAGACUCCUUAAUAUCCAUCAUGACCACAAGCAAAUAAAUCAAUGCAAGUCGAAUGACUCGAUCUGGACAUGGCUCGACCAUUAUUCCUCGUGUAGCGUUUACUGGCCUUCGAAUUUCCGAACCUCCCAUCGUUCAACGAUAUCGGUGUUAUACCUUCGAGCCCUUGUACUGAGACAUAGCACCUCACCUCCUGUCGUUUAUGUGUCAAUAUCGGAAUCUCCCAAACCACCGCCAUGGAUGCAUAUAGCUCGUUCGGUGGUCCAGGAAUAUCGUGCGAUUCUUAAUAUUUCGACCAAAUUUCCCCGGGCAGGUGAAAGGAAUCACAAAGUGGAAGAUUUCGUUGAUCUGUGUGUCGCAGUAUGGGAAGCCAGUGGCGCAGUAGGGGAUUAUACCGGCUGGGUGCUUGAUGUGCGUCUCUGAAAGGUUUGUUUAUCCACUUCGUCGAUCUAAAAACCAAAGUAUAGGUACUUUGGUGGGCUACUCGUCUUACCUUCAACUCCUAUCGGGUUCUUCGCCAUAUGACCCGCCUUUUGUAUGUGUCUGGAGACACAUCGUUGGCCAAACGCACCCUACGGCUCUAUGUACAAGUCGUCGGUAAAGCGUUUCAGGCCAGCCGUGCUGGAGCGAGUACCGAUGUUGAUACAGAUCAAAAAUGGGUGGAAACCUUGGUGUUCGGUAUUCGUAUAUUGUGCAGGUCUAGUUUGGCGUCACUCACCUCAUCGCCGUGCGUACAAGAAGAGCUGGAUGAUUUACGGGAAGCUGGUUCCUUAGUUGCCAAAGCUAAGGGACGACUAGAUCGGGAAAACAAAGUCCUUGCGGCAAGAGUAGAACUCGCUGAAGGUGUGUGGGACACGGCGAUGGCCAUUAGAGAACAAGAUCCGCAUACACGCCCAGAUCGUAUAGCAUCUGCACAUUCACAUUUCCUCAGAUCUAUUGAAAUAUCUCCAACCCCGUCUGCACAUUAUCAUCUUGCGUUGUCAUUUGCCCGACCAGGGCUCCAACAAGAUCUUACUCAGGCCAUUGUUCAUGCGGGUGCAGCUAUUGAAGGGGAACCGGGAGAAAUACGUUAUUGGCAUCUGAUGGGUUUGCUUUCAGCUGCAUCCGAGUUAUGGGAUGCUGCACAAGGUGCUUUGGAAGUUGCUGCAUCCAUCGGGGAGCCUCCAAAAGCAGAUAAUGAAAGCAAUAUUGAAGGGACACCCAGUACCAACAAACGCAGCCUGCCAGAGAUAAACGGGCAGGACUACGCCAGCCCUAACGGAACCAGCAAUCUUCGAAUUGAAGGUCUCCCUGCUGGCCACCCCGAACUGCAGUCCGCAAUAGAGAAGGAAGAGGACCUUCCUCCUCGUUUUAUUCUGGAGCAAGGUGUUGAUGCUAUUCCUACAGCCUCGACAUUGUUGAACCCAGCAACCAAUCAUCCUCCGCCUUCCAGACACGAGCGUUUUGAGCACGCACUACAAGUGCGGAUGUCUCAAAUUGCAGUCACGGAGUACGUGGAAGGUGUAGAGGGGGCCUCGGGCAAGUUGCCUGAAGUCUUUCAGUGGAUAGCGGAGAAAAAAGGCGCUACAGGAGAUCAAACGCGUAAUUCCAUUGAUGGUAAUCAUUCUGCCGACAUGAAACUAAGGUCGCCAUCUGAACUAGCUCUCACUGCACCGACGUCUCACUCUGGACACGAGAAGCUUUCCCAUGAACCUGGCGAGAAGACUGAACAAUCCCCACUUUCACAGACGGCUUCCGAUAGCUUGCAACCACCGAUUCCGAUAACUGUUUCACCUGCGACUCCCGAUGCUACUGAGAAGACAAGUUUUGAUCAAUCUGAAAAGGCGGAUAAGGAGACAGUGAAACGUACUUUGCAGCCGGAGCGGGAGCGGGAUUCAUCGAAGCCAAAGAAAAUGCAACAAAUGUUGAAGAAUCACGUCCACAAAGGGAGUGCGCGGAUAAGCACAAUUUCCAAGAAAAUAGGGCAUGGUGUGGUACGAAAUGGCCCUCUCAAGCGGUCGAAUUCUACGCCAGAUUUCAGUGGUCUUCUUCGGUCACCAUCAUAUCAAGCAUCAUCUAUCCAUUCUCGAAAGCGUGUCACUUCCUUCCUAGUGCCUUCUGAAUCUGUUUUCGGCGAAUCCCCACCCCCACCUCCGCCUCCAACACUACCCCCUACCUCACAGCCUUCGAACUGGAAUAAUAGGACUGUCAGAGAAAAGCGCUUACUGAGUGACUUGUGGUUGAUGUCAGCGGCGACGUUCAGACGGUUAGGAAAGAUUGAACAAGCGAAGGGUGCGAUUCAAGAGGCAGAGGUCCGAGAUGAGAACAACCCCGGAGUAUGGGUUCAGCUUGGUCUUUACCAUAUAGCGAUGGGUCAAAAACAGCAUGCGAUAGACUCGUUACAGAAAGCGCUCUUCAUAUGUCCAGAUGAUGUUGCAGCUUUGGUUCACCUCUCUCGUAUAUAUCUCUUCCCUGGAGAAACAAUCAACCAUGCAGACAACGUUGUCCCUGACAACGUCGACCUGGUGGCUGGGUUGCUUUCUCACCUCACCGAAGGACCUGGUUGGGAUGUUCCAGAAGCAUGGUAUUUUCUGGCGAAAGCAUAUGGGAUGCAAGGCCGUAGGGGUCGUGAGCGCGAUUGUUUGGACGUCGCACUUAGGCUUUCGGAGAAACGAGGCGUCAGAGAUAUAAACGCGUCUCUUGGGUGGUGUCUCUGAGAGUUGGCUAAUUCGUUCUUCGGUGGUGAUAUCUCUUCGACAUUCUGUUUCGUAUUGCAUUUUAGUAAUAUACCCAGUCACGACUCACUGGCAACUGCAACUUCGUUUGUUCUUUUUUUCGUUUGUGAUUAUUCGGCACUGUUACAAUAUGUA